GUUGUGAACAAUCCCACUCAAUCUGAAUGUGACCUCAGUGCACCUCAGAGCUGAGAGCGGCUUUAACUCUCUCUCCGCGAGGCUCUCCGCGAGUCUCCACUCAGUCCUCCGUGUCAAAGGCGAGAUCUGUGAUUGUUUUGCGUCUCUCGGACCUUUGGCAGCAGCAUGUCUCUCCCGCAGCUCGGCUAUAAGUACAUCAGACCGCUGUACUCCACGGAGCGGCGCGUCGGCGCGGAGUUCGGCGCGUCAGGCUCGCUCUCCAGCGUGCUCUCCAGCAUGUACGGAGCUCCGUUCUCCAGCGCGCAGGGGUACAGCGCGUUCCUGCCCUACUCCAGCGACCUCUCCGUGCUCAACCAGCUGGGCUCCCAGUAUGAGUUUAAGGACAGUCCUGGGAUUCAGCAUGCAGGGUUUCCUCACGCACCCUUCUACCCGUACGGACACCAGUAUCAGUUUGGGGAUCCGUCCCGACCCAAGAACGCCAUGCGUGAGAGCACCAGCACCCUGAAGGCCUGGCUCAGCGAACACCGCAAAAACCCUUACCCCACCAAAGGAGAGAAAAUCAUGCUGGCCAUCAUCACCAAGAUGACCCUCACCCAGGUGUCCACCUGGUUCGCCAACGCGCGCAGAAGACUGAAAAAAGAGAAUAAAAUGACUUGGGUUCCCAAAACGAGAACCGACGAGGAAGGAAAUGUGUAUACGAGUGACAACGAGGACGGAGACAAGAGGGACGAGGACGAGGAAAUAGACCUGGAGAACAUAGACACGGAAAACAUCGAAGACAAGCAGGAUUGUGAUUAUCAGGACGAUGAAAAAUCAGCGUCUAAAGUUUCUGAUUCUGAGGAAUAUGAUGACGCAGGAGCUGAGAAGAGUUUUAUGAAUGAUAUCAUGAAAGACAGAAGAGACACAAACUCAGAAGAGGGAGAGGAGGACCAAAUCAAAAAGAGUCCCGCAGCACAAGAGCCCUCAAAUAAUGCGAGUCCACCUCAGAAACCAAAGAUCUGGUCUUUGGCUGAAACCGCGACGGCGCCGGACAGUCCCAAAAAGUCCUCGUGGAUUCAGACGAACUGUGACGCUCAAACAGCCAGGAAUCCUCUCCAUGUUCAAAACUGGACCAAAAUGUCUUUUUCAGCCCAUCAGAUGGCUUUAACAAGCCAUUACCUCGGACUUAAACACCAGAGCGCCUCAAACAGCCACAUACACAUGAAGCACGGCGAGCACAGGACUCACAGCCUAUGAAACAAACCACACAUUCAAAGACUUUUCAUGCUUUUUAAAUAGUUUUCACCUUCCUCGUGGGAGCGUAACACUUAUUAUGAAUCAGAAAGAUAUCCAGUUUCUGCAUAAUGGAUGCCCUGAAUUUAAAAAUAGAUUAAAGCUGUCUAUUAGCUCUUCAAUUAAUAUGAGAUUAUAUUAGAAUAUGUUUUAUAUUGUUGACUUGUAAACAUACAUUUCAUUGUCAAAUCCUGUUUUGUUUUUUUAAAUCUGUAGGUCCAGUUUGUCUUUGAGUAACAGUCUUACACUGAGGUUGGAUUCAGACGUAACCUAUUUAAAACAAAUAAUGAAUCUGAUUACAGAGUUAGUCACUGAGAGUUAUAAUAAUUCAUGGAGGAAACAGUGCCUAUACGGGAAUUUUAAACACACACACUCACGGCUUUGUUCGCAUGAGUUAUGAUGAGUGUUGCAUCCACAUCUUUGUCUUAUUUUAGCAUAUCUGUUUCAAGGAUUCGCAAUAAUAUCAUACCAGAAUUGAUGCUUAUCUUUAAGAAGUGAUUUGACAGUUAUUCAUUUUAUUGUUGUUGUUGUUGUUUUCCCAAAUGCCUUGGAUUUUAAAAAGCGGUCAUUGUUUGUCACGGUGCAUUUUAUAUGUCCUGUUUUGUCUGAAUAUUUUACAUGGGGUAAAACAAAAUACAUAUUUGAAUUGGUUUUGUAAAUUAAAUGAAAAUGUACCUACUUGAAAUAUUGUACAAAGACAUAUAUUUUGAAUAUUAAAAUGAAAUCACAGUUGCCAUAACGAAUUUAUUCUUUCUCGUUUUCACUCUUUUCCAACAGAUAUUUUAAGAUUUAAAACAAUAUUAGUUCCUUACAAUAUUAAUAAUCCACAAGAACCAUAAAAAGCACAGAUUUGUGUCGUCAAACAUUAUUUUAAAUAUAUAAUGGUUGUCCAGUGCCUUAAUCUCAAUAGACAUCAUAUUUUCUUCGUGGGUCACAUUGAUUGACAGAUAGAAAAUAAAAUCAUUUUUGUCAAGCUA